UUGACUACAACAUAUUGACUUUGAGUUUUACACACAACAAAUAAAUUGUUAAUUGUUUGUGAUAGAAAAUAAAUCCUGAAAUAUUCUACUUUUACAGAAUUAAAAUAAAUUUCUCAUGUAAAAUUAAGUAAUGAUACAAUGCAAAAGCUCACCAAAGAAAAAAGUAUACGAAGAAAGUUAAAACUGAUCCAAAGAACUGCACUACAAAAGGGGAUUGACGAAGUUUUAAUUAAAAACUUUAAUUUUAUUUGUUGCAUUGGAGAGAAUAAAGAAACCAAUUUAUUUGCAGGUUUAAAUAGGAAAAUAAUAAUAACAGUUGGUGUAUCAUUUAUAUCGUUAUUGUUAGUAAAUUUAGCGGCAGAUUAUAUAUUAAGUGCAAGGUGUUUGAUACCUAUUAAUCACUUGGUGUGGGAAGCGGCACGUCCUCUUGCUGAUUGUAGAUAUUGUGCGAAUGUUACGAAACCGAUUAUAUUGCAGAACGUUACGCGUCAAGGCUUUCGGAAAUAUGCGUACUCAUCAAAACCGAUUAUAGUGAAACAUGCCAUAAGUCAUUGGAGAGCUAUAACAGAUAUUAAUUUUUCCAUGUUAAAAAAAUUGUAUGAAAGUACUGCAGGUAGCUAUGAGAGUCUUGAAGAAGGUUGCCAGUUUUUGAACUUUAAAACUAAUCUUUUUACAUUAAAGGAGGUAUUUGAAAUGCCAGCUGCAAGGGUGAAAAAUGAGCGUGGCCAAGAACCUUGGUAUGUUGGUUGGGGCAACUGUGACCCAGACAUUUUAGCUAACAUCCGAAAGUAUUAUGCAGUACCAGAGUUUCUUCCAGAAGAUGCAGAGUUCCCAGUGACUGAAAAUCUAUUUUUUGGAUAUGAGAUGGGAGCUGUUAUGCAUUUAGACUAUAUCCCAAGACUGAUGUGGCAAGGGCAGGUGAGAGGUAAAAAAACUUGGUCUUUAAUACCUGUGCCAGAAUGUGAAAAUGUUUGCCAUAAAUUCCAAUAUUAUGUGGAGCCAGGAGAUGUGGUUCUACUAGACACAAGGCUCUGGUACCAUGCUACGAGUAUUCCAAAAGGACAGUUUUCUAUGACUGUGCAGUCUGAAUAUGGCUGAUGACCAGAUGUUAUAUUUUCAUAGUCUGAUGUUUACAAACCAGUAUUAUUUACACAUAUCGAAUGCCAAAAAUUUUUAAAAAUUUAUUAAGGAAGCUAUUUUAUUCUGAUGCAAGUAUUAUAUUUAGCGUUAAGUAAUGU